UUCCCGCCGCGCUUCGCGGCCCGCGCAGCCCGGACAUGGAGGCGGCGGCUCCCGAGGGCGCCGAGCCGGGCAGCGGCGGCGGCAGCGGCGCCGAGGAGCCCGUGGUGUCCCUGGCGGAGGUGCUGGCGGAGAACGAGGAGCUGGAGAAGGAAGCGCGGGCCGUGCUGGGGGGCAGCGACCACGAGCGCUGCAGCUACUCACAGGGCGCGGUGAAGCGGCAGGCGCUGUACGCCUGCAGCACCUGCACGCCGCCCGGCGCGGAGCCGGCGGGGAUCUGCCUGGCCUGCAGCUACGAGUGCCACGGCACGCACCGGCUCUUCGAGCUGUACACGAAGAGGAAUUUCCGCUGUGACUGUGGGAAUAGCAAGUUCAAGAAUCUGCAGUGCAAGUUACUCCCGGAAAAGGCCAAGGUGAAUGCAGGAAACAAAUAUAAUGACAAUUUCUACGGAUUAUACUGUACUUGUAAAAGACCUUAUCCUGAUCCUGAAGAUGAGAUUCCAGAUGAGAUGAUCCAAUGCAUAGUUUGUGAAGACUGGUUCCAUGGAAGGCAUCUUGGUGCAGUUCCCCCUGAAAGUGGAGACUUCCAUGAAAUGGUGUGCCAGGCCUGCAUGAAGCAUUGCCAUUUCCUGUGGGCUUAUGCAUCACAGUUAGCAGUUCCUCCUUUGACCAAAGUGAACUCUCUUGAAGAUGAAAGGAUUGUCCUGAAGAUUGAGGAAAGUGAAGAGCAGAAAAAAGAAAUAAAAAAAGAAAGUGGAGUGGAACACCAAGACUCAAAGGAGGAAAAGCAAACGGAACAGUUUAAUGAACCAUCCACCAGCUCUGGGUCUGCCUGUCCCGAGGUAGUUACUAAGAGUGAGGAACCAGUCUGCAAGCUGAAGGAGCUCCAAAGUAAGCCAUUCUUGAAAAAAGAUACUGCUACCUUUUGGCCAUCAAACUGGAGGAGCAAAUUAUGCACCUGUGAAGACUGUUUGAAAAUGUAUUCAGACCUUGAAGUCCAGUUCCUGACAGACGAAUGUGACACUGUCUUGGCUUAUGAAAAUAAAGGUACCAGUGACCAAGAGACGGAGAGAAGAGAUCCUUUAAUGGACACCCUUAACAGCAUGAACAGAGUUCAGCAAGUGGAACUCAUCUGUGAAUACAAUGAUUUAAAGACGGAACUGACAGACUAUCUCAGGAGGUUUGCAGAUGAGGGAACGGUGGUUAAAAGAGAAGACAUUCAGCACUUCUUUGAAGAAUUCCAGUCACGGAAAAGGCGACGGACUAACAGGAUGCAGUACUACUGUAGUUAGACUGAGAGGGUUUGGGUCUGAAAGGACCACUGGGAAAACAAUAUUCACUGGCAAACAGAAGAGGCAUCUUCAGUAUCUCAGUAUAUCAGCUUCUCAUCAAAAUCCAGCUGUCCAAGAAACAUCUUCAUUUUGUCUCCUACUUUAUUUGUAGCAACUAAAACACGUUCUUAACAGGUUCUUACCGUUGCAGUUAGAGGGAUUUUGGUACCGAUCAACUUUGCAUUCCCCCAAAAGCCAGCCUUGUCUCCAGGGAGAGUUGGCUUGUUACCAGAACAGUGUGUCACUGUUUGUUCCCCGUAGCCUUUCACCCUUUAGCCUCCUGUCAGUGCCUAGAGCUGUAGGCUGUGCUAAACCCACGUGGGCUCUGCCUGCCCUGCCCUCCCCUCUCUGCAGUGCAGGGAACGAGCUCCUUGUUUUCCUGCUGUAAAUGGCUCUGUCUCGCCCUUUGGGGUGCAGCAGUUCUGGCCAGGGCUCCCUGCACCCAGGAGGUGUCUGUUCCUGUGCAGGGCUCAUGGCUUCUCAGUGGCUGGAGCGGACACAGUUGUGGCUGUGGGUGACCCACGGGUCCCUCCAGGGCAGCCAAACCACUGUCACUGCUGCCUGCUCGCUCACCGCUGGGGAAGCACUCCCUGGGCAGGUCAGAAAUGGGGAAUCAGAGGUUAGGCUUGAUGCAACAGAAUGUUCUAUCUGGUUUUAUACAUUAAAAAAUCUGUUUCUAAUAUUGUACAGUGAUGUUUUACAUGAAAAAAAUUGUCACAUGAUGUCAAUUCACUUAUUAGAAUAUAAACAAUAUCUAGGAGGAGGUACUGAAUUACAAACUAAGCAUGGGGGGUUUGUUAUAGGACUUGUAAUGUGCUUUGAUUUCAAAAACUAGCCUACAGCAAAUUAUUCUACUUCAUAAAUGUUGCUGAAAACCCUGAAGCAUCCUGAUAUUUUGCUACAGUAUGAAACAUGGUCUUUUUAUAACCACUGUGAUAAGCAUGGGAGAUGUUUCACUGACUUUUAAGACUCUACACUUAGCCGCAAUUAAGAAUUGACUUUUUGUAAUUUUUGGAGCCUAAUGUAGUUUUUAGUUUUCUUUACCUUCAGCCCCCAAAACAUACAUUAAAGUUCUAGUUUUUGAGGAUUUCUAUACCAUGGGGUACUAUUCUGCUUCUGUGUUAAUGAUUUUUGAGAACAAAGACCUUUAUCAUUCUCACUA